AUGUCGCAGUCAAAAACAAGUGGAAGAAGCUUUGGAUUCAUUAGAACGUUUAUGCGGCUGGUUAUGUGCUUCAACGCGGCACCUGAAGGCGAUGGGAAGGAAAGAUCUAAGAAACUGUCACGGAGGAGCAGCUUGGUUCACUCUAUAAAAUCAUCUCCGUCUAACGUUUUCGUUAGUGGUCCGACAGUAGACGAGGACAGGGAUGAGAAGAUCAAAGAUGUUAUACUCUAUUGUAAGAUGAAUUCUCCACUUAAUGUUCCCUGA